GGGAUUUGGGGUCAUUUUUCUUUCGCCAAAAGGUGUUUUUUCAUCUUCUGACGGGUUUUGGAAACAGGUUUCUUUUUGAAUCAGUCAGAACUGAACUUAUAACUUAAUGCCUUUAUCACUUGAUGGCAUCCAGCGACAAUCGCACCAAACGGUGUGCAUCCAGCGAUGCUGCGGCGUCUCAUCCGCCGACCUUCGCCACGCCGACCGCGGCGGCGGCCCCGUGAGACGUGGUGCGACCGUGGUGUGACGGCGUGACGGAGCUUCUCCAAUGGAAGCAGCGGGGCAUUUGGGCGAAGGCCCCGUCGUGGCCCAGGGCUCUGGAGGCCCUGCGCCGAGGUCCGGGGCGUGGGAGGCAGCGGUCGCUCCACGAGGGGAUCACCAAGACGGCCAUCCAUGCAUGCGAAAGGAGUCGUCACUGGCGUUUUGCUUUGGCUCUUCUGGGCGACUCUGCAGACGUGGUGAGCUUCAACAGCGUGAGCAAUGCAGCUCGAGAGCGCUGGGAGUUGGUGCUUGUGCUUCAGCUCUGCCUGCUGCAGUUCUCACUUCAAGGAGCGGAUUGGUUCGCGGGCUGGGCUGGCCAGGAGAUGUUGUAUCUGAUACCGCCGCCAUCAACGCCUGCGGCAGAGCCACCGAGUGGCCGCGGGCCGUCCAAUUGAGCGAGAAGCAGAUGGAUGUGGAUGUGAUUCUCUUCAACGCGCUGCUGGGGCGGCUCCCGUGGCACACGGCGGCCGUGGCCCUGGUGCGGGAGCGGGUGGAUAUGGUCAGCUUCAAUUCUGUCAUCGCCGGUGACACCAGCUGGGCUGUAGCGCUGAGUCUUUUCAGGAAGUCGCAGGAGCUUCGACUGCGCGGUGAUACCAUCACCACCAACACCUUGUUGGCAAAGGUCUCGUGGCAUCGGGGCCUGGUGCUCCUCGAGAGCAGCGGAGCCCAUCGACUGCGACGGAACAGGAUCACGCACAACACGGCCAUUACUAUCUACGAGAAGAGCUCUAUGUGGCGAUUGGCCUUGAGCAAGCUGAAGGGGUUCCAAGCUGACUUGAUCUCCUUCAAUGCAGCUAUCAGUGCAGGCGAGAAAGGAGAUCAGUGGCCCCUGUCCUUGCAUUUGCAUUGGUCCUUGCGAGCUUCUGCCAUGGAUGCAGAUGUGAUCUCAGACUGUGCCGCCAUCAGCGCUUGUGAAAAAGGCUACCGCUGGAAGCAGGCCCUUGCCUUGCCAUGCCCUUCUACAGUGGGCUGGAAUGCGGCCAUCAGCGCCUGCGAGAAGGAUGGUUUCAAAACCUGGUGGAACUGGAAAACGACCUCGGACAAGUUCGGCCUCCUUUUCAAAGCCUGGUGGUCCUCCUUCAACAUCCGUCAGUGGGCUUGGGCUUUGGAAAUGCUGCAAUCCAUGUCAGGCGCUCGCUUCCAGCGGGACGUGAUCUCCUACAAUGGCGCCGCGAGCGCGUGUGAGCGGAUGGCUGCAGUGGAAGAGACCUGGGAGAUGGCCCUGUGCUUGUUCCAGGAGGCGAACCUGCUGCGUGUGGCGGACCCCAUCACCAGUAACAGCGUUUUGGCCGCCUGUGCCCGCGCAGCCGCCUGGCCGGCAGCCCUCAAACUGGGCUGUGCAGCCGGUGAUUGGGGGACCAUUGCGGCCAAUGCCGUGCUACGUGCCUGUGCUUCAGGCCUGACUGAACUGGAUCAGGCCCAGGCCCUUGGCGCACAGUUGGCCGCGUGUGGGGCGCAUGGUGAGGAGCGGCCUUGUGCCCGAACCUUUCGGUUGCGCGAUGGUUACACCAUGUAUUGGGAGAUUGAGGCCAACCCACCACUUGGUGGAUGACAAUGAGACGAUGCGCUAAAGUGCUCAUUGGUCUCCCAAUCUAGUGGCUCCGCUAUGCCAGAAGGGGAGGCCCUCUUGAUUCCAUGAUGCAGGAAUCUUGCAAUUCGGAUGGUGUAUGAAAGGUGUGUGUAUCUUCCUGUAAGAUAGUGCAGUGAGUGCUAUGUUGCUGGGCUCAAAAUCGUGGCAAGGAGUUGAUCUGCACGUCCUGCUUCCACCAAAGACCUUGGGUAGAAGCUGCUGAGACAUGGCUUGUCACGGUAACAUGACUCUGUCUUUGCCUGCGGCUUCCGAGUUUCUUGUUUUUUACCCGUGAUGUUUCUCGUCACCAAUUGACUUUUUAGAGCAGAACUGUAUUCCUAUGGUAUCAUGUAGACUGUGGAUUAAGAAAACCCUUCCAGAUUCCAGAGUCCUUUUUUUGCAUUUGCAAUGACUCCAAUAUAAGGGUCUAUAUUCAUCAACCAUCAGCAUGUGAGGUCUCGUUUCACACACUCUGCAGCUGCUCGGUGACGCGGAGGGGAGCUGUGAACUCCCCUCAUUAAAUGGCCUCGCUUGCCGCGAUCGAUUAGUGUUCAGUUGAUUUGCAUCCUGGUGAUUUUGAACAACACAUGACGUGUUUUUGAUGCCCCGGAGCAAUUGACAGUUCCUUGGUCAUUGAGUCAUUGAGUGAUAAUUAAGACAAAGUGUGUUUCGCCUGGGAUUUGUUUGGAAUGAUGCUGAUGGAAAGCAAUGUUCUCAUGCAAACUUGACCGGUUCCUGGUUUGAACAAGCCCUACCCACCAAGGGAUUCCGACUGAACUGGAUCAGGCCUGACUGAACUGGAUCAGGCCCUUGGCGCACAGUUGGCCGCGUGUGGGGCGCAUGGUGAGGAGCGGCCUUGUGCCCGAACCUUUCGGUUGCGCGAUGGUUACACCAUGUAUUGGGAGAUUGAGGCCAACCCACCACUUGGUGGAUGACAAUGAGACGAUGCGCUAAAGUGCUCAUUGGUCUCCCAAUCUAGUGGCUCCGCUAUGCCAGAAGGGGAGGCCCUCUUGGUGUAUGAAAGGUGUCUGUAUCUUCCUGUAAGAUGUGCAGUGAGUGCUACGUCGCCGGGCUCAAAAUGAUGGGUAGGGCUUCUCCUGUUGGUUUCUUUCAGAAUCCCAUCCUCUUCCUUUAGGACUUCAGUGGCGUCGGGCGCCGCUUCUGCUGGUCACACUGUGGGGCCGCGCCAACGCUGUGUCCUUGGAGGCGGCGGUGGCCGCACACCAUGCUGCGAUGCAGUGGUCCAUGGCGCUUCGUUGUCUCACACAGACCCGCAGCCACGUACUGGACCUGUCCUGGUGGAAAA